AUUCACUCCUUCUUCUGCUUCAUAGAAUUUUUGCAAUGGACGACGAGUUGACCAAGUCCUUCCUCGAGCUGCAGGGCAAGAUUGUCGAGACCAACCGCCAGCUGCGUGUUGCGCACGCCCAGGCCGAGGCUGCCGAGCGAGCAGGCGUCCGCGCUUCCCUCACCACCAAGGAGCUUGCACAGCUGACUCCCGAGACCCGCACGUACAAGAGCGUUGGCCGAGCAUUCCUCUUCCAACCUGUUCAGCAAGUGCUCGAGGAGCUGGAGAGUGUUGCCGCCAAGAGCAAGGUUGAUGUUGUCAAGUUCCAGAAAUCGGCCAGCUACCACGAACGCUCCCUCAAAGACUACGAGGCACAGAUGCGCGAAACUGUCGCAGCAUUGCAAAAGAACCAAAUGGCCAAGAAGUGAUUUCCGUCAGAUUGUGUUGCCAAGCCUUUCGUUUCAAACAAACAUUACAGUGUAAUUCCUGCCA